AUGGCCACAUGCAGGUCUCUCGCCCGAGUCGGCGCACAGUUGCGCCCUUCGGGUCGAUCAAUUAUUCCGUCACGCCCAUGUCUGGCCCCGAGCAGGAUCCCUCGCCGUAGAGCGUAUGCUACCUCCGUCGGUGCCGCGGAUCUCAAGUUCGGCCAACCGCUGCACGAGACACAUCCCCACCUCCUUGAGCCUGGUGAACUUACUCCCGGUGUCACUGCGCUCGAAUAUGCCCAGCGUCGCUCGCGACUCGCCAACAAGCUCCCCAAAGGCGCAAUCGCUGUCCUGGCUUCAUCGGAGGUGAAAUACCGUGCCCCGGGUAUUUUCCACGAGUAUCGACAAGAGUCAAAUUUCUUCUACUUGACGGGAUUCAACGAACCGAAUGCCCUGGCAAUUAUCGCAAACGAUGGCUCCGGCGACAAUCACGUCUUCCAUCUUUAUGUACGAGAAAAGGAUCCCAGGGCAGAGCUUUGGGAUGGAGCACGGUCCGGUACCCGGGCUGCCGUAGACGUGUUCAACGCGGAUGAGACUGGAAACAUCGAGCGCAUUGGAGAUAUUUUGCCCAAGAUCGUCACCCAGGCCACCGAGGUCUACUCCGAAAUCCCGGGCUUCGACCCGUCCAGAUCGUCCCUGCACCGAUAUCUAUACGGACCUACAGUUGCGUCGGAGAAGUUGAAGAAGGUUGUCGAUCACCGCAAAGUCCUGCCCUUGAAACACAUUCUCAAUGAGAUGAGGGCCUUCAAGAGCGAGAACGAGGUUGUGCAUCUGCGCCGAUUGGGACAGGCCUCGGGUCGGUCUUUCACCGAGUCAAUGCGCCGAACCUUUAGCACGGAGAAGGAGUUAUCUUCGUUUUUGGAGUAUCAGUUCAAGGUGCACGGUGCAGAUGGAAGUGCUUUUGUACCAGUUGUGGCUGGCGGUCAGAACGCUUUGGCCAUCCACUACACGAGGAAUGAUGAUGUCCUUCGGGACGGCGACUUGGUUCUUGUUGAUGGCGGUGGUGAGCUUGGAGGUUACAUAUCCGAUAUUACCAGAACGUGGCCGGUCAACGGCAAGUUCACAGAUCCCCAACGGGACCUCUACAAUGCUGUACUCAACGUGCACCGAUCCUGCUUAGCUCUCUGCCGCGAGAGUGCAGGCUUUUCCCUGGACAAGUUGCACGGCAUUGCCGAGAACGGCUUGAAGGACCAGUUGAACCAGCUUGGAUUUGACCUCUCAAGCAACGCCAUCUCCACCCUUUUCCCCCACCACCUUGGCCAUUAUAUUGGCCUCGACGUGCACGACUGCCCUGGCUACUCCAGAGGGCACAACCUGAAGGCUGGCCACUGUAUUACCAUUGAACCUGGCAUUUACGUUCCCGACGAUGACCGAUGGCCUGCACACUUCCGGGGCAUUGGCAUUCGUAUCGAAGAUAGCGUAUGUGUUGGAGACGAGCACCCGAUCGUGCUGACUCCCGAGGCUGUCAAGGAGGUCGAUGAUAUCGAGGCACUGCGUCCUUAG